AACGCCCCAAGUUCAUAUUUUACUACUUUUACACAUCUCCAAAAAAUGAGUGGCAUUAUUCUCAUAGUGCUAUGUGUGAUGACAUUACCGUCGUGCAUGGAAGCUAUCCACGGACUGUACAAUUUUGGCCAACAUGAAUUAUUCUACAAAAAGAACAACUGCAAGCCCAUACCUGCAAACCUCCUCCUGUGCCACGACAUAGAGUACACCGAGAUGCGCCUCCCGAACCUGCUCGGACACGAAACCAUGAAUGAAGUUUUGCAGCAAGCUUCGUCUUGGAUUCCGCUGGUUCAGAAGCAGUGCCAUCCCGACACCAGAAAGUUCCUUUGCUCCCUUUUCGCCCCUGUGUGUCUGGACGAUUUGGACGAGCCCAUCCAGCCGUGCAGGUCUCUGUGCGAAAGCGUCAAACACGGCUGCGCACCUGUGAUGUCCGCCUUUGGUUUCCCCUGGCCGGACAUGCUGGACUGCAGCCGCUUUCCUCUCGACAAUGACCUGUGCAUCCCGCCUGCGGGCAUCGAGAACUUUGUGCCAGUCACCACAGAGAUGCCCAGAGUCUGUGAUGCUUGCAAGGAGAGGGAUGAAAAUGACAAUGAAAUUGUUGACAACCUCUGCAAAAAUGAUUUUGCUCUGAAAAUCAAAGUUAAGGAGAUCUCCUACAUAAACGGGGACACCAAGAUUGUGCCAGAGACCAAGAGCAAGACCAUUUACAAGCUGAACGGUGUGACCGAGCGCGACCUGAGGAAGACGGUGCUGUGGCUGCGGGACGGCCUGCAGUGUGUCUGUGAGGAGAUGAACGACAUCAACGCUGCCUACCUGGUCAUGGGCCAGAAGAUGGACGGCCAUCUGGUCAUCACCUCGCUGAAGCGCUGGCAGAGGGGCCAGCGUGAGUUUAAGAGGAUCUCCCGCAGCAUCCGCAAGCUGCAGUGCUGAAAGAAAAACACCUGUUUAUGUCACUGUUAGAGAUGAGUUUUAACUUGACUCCUUCAUAACCUCCAUAACCUUUAUCUCUGUACCACUUGCUCUCAAUCCUGGUCUCCAAGGCCCAAAAAUACUGCUGGUUCUCUAUCCUACCUUCCAGUUAAUUGCAGUUAAUUACAUUCACUUGACAUCACAGGUGAUUAGAUGGCUAGAAUGAAAGCCAGCAAAUCAUAAGUAGGUGCAGUCUAGGAUAAGUAACUACAUUAUUCCUGUAGGGAUAGAGUUUGUCUGUUGUACUCAAUAGACCCUUUUCACAGAAGCCUUUAUGACACAAAAAGCAGGGUAAGCACAUGUAUUACAAAUGACAUAAAAUAAUGUUCCAUUCUAAUGAAUCAUUGCUGAGUCUUUCCAGUGAGCCAGAAUAAACAAUAACCAGGACCCUGGCUGUGCUAGACCCUAAAGGAGCCCAGCCUUCAUUUAUGUCAUUAGCAACAUCUCUGUUUACCCUGCUAUUUCAUGUCAAAACAGCUGCUGUGAAAAAGGUGUAUUGUGAGUUUAUAAUGAUAUUACUGUGUUUCACGGCUUUUUCUAUUUCAUAUGGCAUCAUUAGACAUAAAGUUUUGCGGUAUUCUUCUGAAAAAAAAUUACAGGAUUACUGUUCUUUUUAGUAAGGGAUGCCUCAUUGUUUUAACAAAGUUAAAGCAACAGUGAUUCCUUGCUUUGACCCUCAGCAGUGUUCAAGCUCUUAUCAGUACUCCAGUAUUGGCUUCAGGAAUGAACCACAUUACAGAAUGAGGCAAGAAGCAGAGGGCCCUCACAGAUUAAGAUAAGACUUCAUAAUAAAAGCAUUCAUGUCAAACACCAGAAACAGAAAAGCUCUGCUGGA